AUAGAACACUCGCGUUACCCACAUUUCUACCUUGUCUACGGUGAAGCGAGGCAAAACCUGUAGUUCUUAACCAAAAGCUAAUGAGAGACGAACUUGCGGGAAGGAAUUGAAAAGACAUACGUAGUGUGAAAGUUCUCGGUUUGCAAUCGUCUAGAAUCUAAAAAUGGAAAGACUGAGCAAGCCAGACCCCGGGGCCAGCGAGAGGGACGUGAUACGGUACCUGACCCAAGCGUGCUCCGACGUCACGAUCCACGACCCCAGGAACGGCUUCUUCAGCCACUUCAUGGACCAGAUUGACGAGCAGGUCUCCAGCGACUUCAUUAACAAAUUCGGGAAACUCAAAACCGAUGAGGAUAGGGUUGUUUACCUGUGGAGUGUUAAGCCCGUCCAUACGCUGAAGGUCCAGAGUUUCUACAAGGAAAAAAGCAACGAGGUGUCGGAGGAGCGUCGGUCGGCUGGUAACAAGGCUUUCCAGGCCAAGAAGAACCAGGAGGCGGUCAUGCUGUAUUCAAUGGCAGUCAUGAUGGCAGACCACGAGGACGGUGAUUCGUUGGCGCUUGGAUAUGCUAACAGGUCAGCUGUAUUUUAUCACAUGGGAAAGCUCGAAUUAUGCCUCCAAGACGUAGACCAAGCCCUUCAAGCUGGCUAUCCUGACAAACUCCUCUUUAAGGUACUCGAUCGCCGAGGUCAGUGCUUGAUGAAGCUAGGUCAGUUCAGCCAAGCCUUGCAAGCUUUCACUCAGUCUCUCGAGUCUCUGGCCAAGGCAGACCUCGACGAGAAGAAGCUUGCGACCUGGAAGAAGGACCUGGCGAAGAAGAUUGAAAUGUGUCAGGGAAAACCAGACGCUGAGAAGCAAUCCGCCGAGACUGCCAGCUCUGGCUCCCUGCUGCACGAAGGCCCCAGCGCCGUCUUACCCAAUGCCUCGGCCGCCGUCAGUCUGGAGAGUUCUGCUGAGGCUGGUCGAUAUGUCGUGGUGAACCGUGACGUACCGGCGGGCAAGAUCCUGAUGGCAGAAAAACCUUACAGCGCCGUGCUGAAGCUGGAAGUGGGUGGCACGCACUGCACGCACUGUUUUCACCAGUUGCUUAACAAAGCGGCGGUGCCUUGCCGGUGGUGCGCCGGUGUAGCGUUCUGUGGGCCGCGGUGCCGCGAUCUGGCACUCGCCACCUACCACCGCUGGGAGUGCAAGUUCUUCAACCUCCUUCGAGGUUCAGGGAUGUCUCUCAACUGUUACCUCGCCCUCAGGAUCAUCACGCAACACGGCCUUCACUUCUUCAAGAAGUUGCGUCAUCGCCUGCAGGAGCCCCCACAGCUGCCCUCAGCGGCCUCCCCGCACCGUCCCAACGACUACCUCAGCGUCUACCACUUGGUGGGCCUCGAGGAGCACCGAACUCCCUCGGAUCACUUCAAGCGGACCCUGAUGUCCAUCUUCCUUCUGAAGGUGCUGCAGCGAGCUCAUUUCUUCGGGAAGUGGGACGAAGAUGCCAUUAAGCCCGAUGCGGACUUGUCUGAGGACGAACUCUUGAUCGGCAGCCUUCUGCUGCGCCAUCUGCAACUCCUCCAGUUCAACGCACACGAGCUUAGUGGCAUGGCUUUCGGAGAUACCAAAGAGAAUUUCAAAAAGACGAAGUCAGUCUUUUUAGGCUUAGCGGUUUACCCAACUGUGUCGUUUUCCAACCAUUCAUGUUACCCUGCUGUCGGCAGAUACUUCGAUGGCAACAAAAUGGUGAUCGUCAAUCUACGACCUCUAAAGGCCGGUGAAGUCCUGUACGAGAACUACGGCCCGGUUUUCACACACAAUCCACUCCUGGAGCGCCAGAGGAAGCUGAUGUCCAGAUAUUGGUUCAAAUGCCAGUGCACGGCCUGCAGAGAGGACUGGCCGACGUACGACUCAAUGCCAGACAGACGCACGGUGAAAUGUACGACGUGUGGUUCUGGCCUGCCUCAGAGGUCGCACAAACAGUCGCACGUCAAGUGUCCUGAAUGCGGCAGCUCCACGAAUGUCGUAGCGGCGCUGAAGGAGGUGGAGGAGGCGCAGAAGUAUUACGUCUCGGGCUGCAAGAACUUGGACGAAGGCAAAAGAGAAGAAGCCAUAGCCUCCUUUUGCCAGUACACGGACUUGAUAACUCAGUACCUCGCGCCGCCCUUCCGAGAGCUCCAUCUGGCGGUGCAGUCACUCCGACUCCUGGUGGCGGCCAGAGGAACUAUCCACACCGUUAGUCCUGUAAAUAAAUAAUAGAUAUCUAAAUUUAUAGGUGUGUUGUAAUCUCUAACUCAUCAUCUGUCUGACAGCUGAAUAAUUUU